UCGCGGUGUCCUUGUCUCUAUAUAACACAUCUAUGACUCAUAUGGGAUAUGUACGAUAAGUGAUAACAUAUCUCUCUCUAGCUAUCGCUCUCGCUUCAGAUUUUCACACCAAUCAUGGCAGCUUCUGCAACAUCAAAGCUCCUCGUAUCCGACAUCGCCUCAGUUGUUGAUCACGUCCCUUCAAACUACGUCCGACCAGUCUCUGACCGUCCAAACAUGUCUGAGGUUGAAACUUUUGGCGAUUCUAUCCCCUUAAUCGAUCUCCAAGACCUCCAUGGACCUAAUCGAGCCAACAUUAUCAAUCAGUUUGCUCAUGCAUGCUCUUCUUAUGGCUUCUUUCAGAUCAAGAACCAUGGAGUGCCAGAAGAAAUAAUCAAGCAAAUGAUGAAUGUGGGAAGAGAGUUUUUCCAUCAAUCAGAGAGCGAAAGGGUGAAGCAUUACUCUGCGGAUACCAAAAAGACAACAAGACUCUCCACAAGUUUCAACGUUUCCAAAGAGAAAGUCUCUAACUGGAGAGACUUCCUUCGACUCCAUUGUUAUCCUAUCGAAGAUUUCAUUCACGAAUGGCCCUCAACUCCAGUUUCUUUUAGAGAAGUCACAGCUGAAUAUGCUACAAGCGUUAGAGCCUUGGUUCUGACACUUCUUGAGGCAAUCUCAGAGAGCUUAGGCCUUGUGAAAGACCGUGUAAGCAAUACUUUAGGAAAACACGGUCAACACAUGGCUAUAAACUAUUAUCCGCCGUGUCCGCAACCCGAGCUAACUUACGGACUUCCCGGACAUAAAGAUGCAAACUUGAUCACUGUUCUUCUUCAAGAUGAAGUCUCUGGUUUACAGGUUUUCGAAGACGGUAAAUGGAUUGCUGUUAAUCCUAUUCCCAACACUUUUAUAGUCAACCUUGGUGACCAGAUGCAGGUGAUAAGCAAUGACAAAUACAAGAGUGUGCUACACAGAGCUGUUGUGAACAUCGACAAAGAGAGGAUAUCAAUACCGACAUUCUACUGUCCUUCUGAAGAUGCUAUGAUUGGUCCAGCACAAGAGCUGAUCAAUGAGGAAGAAGACUCUCAUGCUAUUUACAGAAACUUUACAUAUGCUGAGUAUUUUGAAAAGUUUUGGGACACAGCAUUUGCAACUGAGAGCUGUAUUGACUCGUUCAAAGCUUCCACCGCCUAAGAUAUCAUCGUUAUAACUAGGUCGGUCCUUAGUUCUUGAUUGGAACUCAAAAAUCCAUUUUGUGUUGCCAUUUCAAGAUCAGUAGUUUUCAAUAAAUAAUAAAUCUGCUUAGAAAAAUAAAAUAAACCGUUCUUGUAACAGUUUGAACUCAU